AUGUUGCCCCUCAGCCUGCUCAAUGCCGCCCAAGGCCACCCAAUGCUCGUUGAGCUCAAAAACGGCGAGACGCUAAACGGCCAUCUUGUCCAGUGCGACACCUGGAUGAAUCUCACCCUGCGGGAAGUCGUGCAAACCAGUCCUGGAGGUGACAAAUUCGUCCGAUUAAAAGAAGCCUAUGUCAAAGGAAAUAAUAUCAAAUACCUUCGCGUCGACAACGACAUCAUCGACCGAGUAAGUGAGGCUCAAAAGGGACAGCAAGCGAGUUUCAGAGGCGGCCGCAGCGGCCACAGUCACGGUCCGUCAAGAGGCGACCAUGGCCACCCCCACGGUGGUUUUGGCGGCGGCGACAGAGGUAGAGGCGCCCGAGGCGCCGGCCGUGGCGGCCGGGGACGAGGCCGUGGAUCAUGA